ACAGCAAAGCCCACGACACUUUCCGUCGCCCGUGUUUUCAUUCAAGGCGCGCUCGGGUUUCUGCUUUGCAUGCUCGCCUGGCCUUGGGUCUCCCUGUCAGUUGGGACGCCGAGCAGGAGCGAAGAGAGGAGGCAAGGAAGGAGCGAAGGAAGGAGUCAAGGAAGGAAGGGAGGAAGGAAGGAAGGAGGAGAGCAGCGCCUUCGCAGACGCGCAGCCCGAGCGGGAAGGAGAGCCACGGGCUCAGGAGGCUGCUGCUGGACCCCGACUGUCCCGCCAAGGAAAACACAAUGGCAGCCGAGCGGGGAGAAGAGGCUCCACGUUACCUGUGGGUUUGACCUUCUGGUAUACACACUGGCUGUUAAAGGACAUGAUUCAGACUGUCCCAGAUCCAGCAGCUCAUAUCAAGGAAGCAUUAUCAGUUGUAAGUGAAGACCAGUCUCUGUUUGAGUGUGCUUACGGAACUACCCAUCUUGCUAAGACAGAGAUGACAGCCUCCUCUUCCAGUGAAUAUGGGCAAACAUCAAAAAUGAGUCCACGUGUCCCCCAGCAAGACUGGUUAUCACAACCCCCAGCCAGAGUAACCAUAAAGAUGGAAUGCAAUCCAAAUCAAGUCAAUGGUGCCAGGAAUUCCCCUGAUAAUUGCAGUGUGGCAAAAGGAGGAAAGAUGACUAAUAGCACAGAAAAUGUUGGAAUGAAUUAUGGAAAUUAUAUGGAAGAAAAGCACAUCCCACCACCAAACAUGACCACCAAUGAACGGAGAGUUAUUGUUCCUGCAGAUCCCACACUAUGGAGCACAGACCAUGUCCGCCAGUGGUUGGAGUGGGCUGUCAAGGAAUAUGGUCUCCCAGAUGUGGAUAUCUUGUUGUUUCAGAACAUUGAUGGGAAAGAAUUGUGUAAGAUGACCAAAGAUGACUUCCAAAGGCUCACACCAAGCUAUAACGCUGACAUUCUCCUCUCACACCUACACUACCUCAGAGAGACUCCUCUUCCACAUUUGACUUCAGAUGAUGUUGAUAAGGCCUUACAAAACUCUCCACGGUUAAUGCAUGCUAGAAAUACAGGAGGUGCAGCUUUUAUGUUCCCAAAUACUUCAGUAUAUCCUGAAGCAACACAAAGAAUUACUACCAGGCCAGAUAUUCCUUAUGAACCAGCCAGGAGGUCAGCCUGGACAAGCCACAGUCACCAAGCUCCCCACUCAAAAGGUACAGCUGCUCAAGCAUCAUCUUCAACAGUACCCAAAACAGAAGACCAACGUCCUCAGUUAGAUCCCUACCAAAUUCUGGGCCCUACCAGCAGCCGUCUUGCUAAUCCAGGGAGUGGGCAGAUACAGCUAUGGCAGUUCUUGUUGGAACUCCUGUCAGAUAGCACCAAUUCCAAUUGUAUCACCUGGGAGGGCACCAAUGGGGAGUUCAAGAUGACUGACCCUGAUGAAGUAGCCCGGCGCUGGGGAGAAAGGAAGAGUAAACCCAACAUGAACUAUGACAAACUCAGCCGUGCUCUCCGUUACUACUAUGACAAAAAUAUAAUGACUAAAGUCCAUGGUAAGCGUUAUGCCUACAAGUUUGACUUCCAUGGAAUUGCUCAAGCCCUCCAGCCACAUCCUCCAGAAUCAUCUAUGUACAAAUAUCCAUCAGAUCUGCCCUACAUGAGUUCCUACCAUGCACACCCUCAGAAAAUGAACUUUGUGACUCCCCAUCCACCUGCUUUGCCAGUCACUUCCUCCAACUUUUUUGCUGGACCCACUCCAUACUGGAAUUCACCAACUGGAAGUAUCUACCCUAACACUAGACUUCCUGCCACCCAUAUGCCUUCUCACCUUGGCACUUACUACUAAAACAAGAUUAUUUUUAAAGAACCUUUCUUCGUAGAAUACAAUGAAUUAUAAUGACAUUUUAUUUGAAAACUUUUAAAAGUGCCUAAAAGACAUGCCAAAGUUGACCAGGACCAAAAAAUGUCAUAUAAAAUGUUUGUUUUUUUUAAAAAAAGGAUAAGAGCAGAAUGUUAAAGAAGUUUAACAAUGCUACUAUGUAAACUGUGUUGACUUCACAUCUACAGACCAAACAAUGAAAUACUCUUUCUGGGUUUUUUUAAAAAGGUAAUGAUUUUGUAAAAAGGGUCAGUAAGGGUUUAUAAGCUUUUAAGUCAUGUUGGUAUGCUAGUGAAAAUUGGGACUAUACAACAGUGAUAUAAGGAUAAUUAUAUUUUGAACUUGGAUACAGUACAUGACUAUAUGAAUGCAUAAAAAUACUACCUGCAGUUUUAAUCAAACAUAGAGAACAGUGUCAUAAAUAUUUGUCUAGAGCAAGACCUGAUUUUGAGUAUAAUGGUUUUAGUUGGGAUGAGCUUCAAUGCAUUCCAUAAUCAAGAGGUAUCAUCUAAUUCAAACUGUGAAGACAAUGCAAGCUAGGAUUUCUUGACAGUGUUAAAGAGCUCUGAGCCAAAUAUUGGGACUGAGAAUGUGCUAAACGGCAAGAGUAUGAUUGUAGACUAAGGGCCCCAUAUAUCAGGAGGUUCCCUAUGCAAGCCCUAUUGAAAUGAAUGGGAACUGCACAAGAGCACUAAUGUAACCCUGUGUCUGAUACAUGAGGUGGAAAGAAGUCAGAGGACAAGAAGGACAAUCAUGAAUGAAGGAGAAGACAUUUCCUGUAAAGAAGUGGGAAACCAAAACUGGACAGUGUUUGAACUAUGAAGAAUUACUUGUUUGAACUUGAGAAAUAUUGUGUUGAGUAUUAUGCCAUUUCCAGUAUUAUCAAAGAAAAGACUUGACUUUUUAAAGGCCAAAAUGGGGAAAGUAGUCAUAUCAGAGUAUGCAUCUCUUUAUAAAAAUGUAAAACUGGAAUUGUCUAAUAUUUAAAAGUAACACUUAGGACCUCAUUCUUUUAAGGGAACUUGUUUUCUACUGCUUGAAAGUAAGAGACAAUUCCCUGUUGCCAAAGUCUGAAAUCAUAUAGAUAUUUUUGGCAGGCAGCGCCAGUUUUUCUUUCCUGAGUCGCGAACGCUGUGCGUUUGUCAGAAUGAAAUAUACAAGUCAGCCUUAUUUUUUUCCUUUUUAUAUAAUAAUUAUAUAACUUAUGCAUUUAUACACUACGAGUUGAUCUCGGCCAACCAAAGAUACAGAAAGGGACAAUCAGAAAUAUUGUGGCCUUGAAUUUUAACUCUGUAUGCUUCAUGUUUACAUUAUGAACUUAACUAGUACUUAGAAAGCAGAAUGUAUGUAAUAAAAUAAGCUUGGCCUAGCACGGCAAUUCCAAUUGA